AUGCCUCCAGCGGUUUCAGACGACCCCCUCCAUGUCGCCAUCAUCGGCGGGGGUAUCACGGGCGUCAACCUAGCCCUUGGCCUCCAAGCCCGCAACGUCUCGUAUACCAUCUACGAGCGUUCCACGGGCUUCCGUGAGAUUGGCGCGGGCAUUGGAUUUAGCCCCAACGCCGAGCGUGCCAUGGCUGCCCUCAACCCCGACAUACUCGCCACCUUCAAGCGUCUGGCUAACCCCAACGGCGAGGAUUACUUCCGGUGGGUAGACGGGUACGAGACGAACGAUUUGAUCUUCCAGCUGCACGUCGGAAAAGACGGGUUCCAGGGCGGCCUCCGCAGCACAUUCCUCGAGGAGUGGUCGAAGCUGAUCCCCCCUACCGCCGUGCACUUCGGCAAGCAACUCGACAGUAUCACCGAGCCCACGGCCCCCGACUCAUCGAAACUCCGGCUGCACUUCAACGACGGCACGACCGCCACAACCGACGUUGUCAUCGGCUGCGACGGCCUCCACUCCCGCGUCCGCCAACUCCUCCUAUCCCCUCCCCUGACGAGCCCACCGCAACCAAACCAGCCCCCAUCCCCUGACGACCCAAUCCCCGCCACGACCGACAACUUAACCUACACGCACAAGUUCUGCUUCCGAGCGCUCGCCCCCAUGCCCGCCGCCAUCGCCGCGCUCGGCGAAACCAAAGCCACGACGCGCUUCAUGUACAACGGCCCCGGCGCGCACCUGAUCACCUACCCGGUCGGCAACAACACGCUCCUCAACAUCCUCGCCGUCAUCUCCGACCCACUCCCCAACUCCAACUCCACCACCACGAGCACCACUGCAAAUCCCUGGCCCCACCUCCGGCACACCACCCCCGGCCACAAGCGCGAAGCCGAGCAGGCCUUCUCGCGCUGGACCGCCACGGCGCGCGCCAUCGUGGGCCUGCUGCCGGACGCCGGGAUGGACAAGUGGGGGCUGUUUGACCUGGCGGAGCAUCCGGCGCCCUACUAUGCUCGGGGCAGGGUGUGCGUGGCGGGGGACGCGGCGCAUGCGGCGGGACCGCAUCUGGGGGCCGGGGCCGGGAUGGGGGUCGAGGAUGCGUUGGUGUUGGCGGGGGUUUUGGCCGCGGUGGAUGCUAUGAUGAGAGGGGUGGGGGGUGGUGAUGGGGAUGGGGAUGAGGAGGGUCAUAAUGGUGAGGGUGGGGGAAAGGAGAAGGGAGAGGAAAAUGUAGAGAAGGGUAACGAGAAGGUAAGAAAAAGGAAUGACGGAAAGAAGGGGUUGCUGGAGAGAGCGCUGCAGGUAUACAACGAAGUGAGGUAUUCGCGGACUCAGUGGGUGGUGCAAGCGACCAGGGAGGCGUGUGAUUUGUUUCAGUGGCGCGACGAGAAAGUCGCUAGAAACCCGGAGAGGUUCGGUCGCGAGAUUACGCAACGCUUUCAUAGGGUUUGGGAGUAUGAUGUGGAUGGCAUGGUGGAGGAGGCGCUGGCGAAGCUGCGUGCGCCGGCCCCUUAA